UAUUUAUUUCUACAUAAAUGUCACCCAGAAAAGAAAUGUAUGUAUGAUCGUUUAUAGAGAACGUAAAAUUGUUUGAAACCGCAGUGUAAUUUCUGUUAAAAAGUAUUUUGUACAGAGAAAUCCACUUAGACACACAGCGUGCAACAAAUUACAGUAUCGUAUGCAGGUUCAUAAUAAAUUUCGUAUAAAAUGGAAGCUAUAACCGCUGUAGCCCAAGACCCAGAAUCUGAUAUGGAUUGUUCUGAUAAUGAAGGUUUUGAUGACUACGAUUAUUAUAACGCAACAGAAGACAACGACAUUGAACAGGUGGACCCUAGUAAAACGGAUCCUGAACAUUUCGAAUAUGAAUGUCUCACAGAAGAACAGGUAGAGCGACUUCUCAACGAAACUGUCGAAAUAUUGAGUAACAAUUUACAAAUUACUCCUUCUCUUGCCAAAGUUUUAUUACAUUCACAUUCAUGGGCCGUUACAAGUAUUAUAUCCAAAUAUAGAAGUAAUCCCGAUAAUUUACUUAUUAACUCUAAAGUGAAGCCUGUAACAACCCCUUCUACUUCAAGCACAUGUUCAAGAUACAUGACCUGUCCGGUGUGCGUCUCUCCGCAAGUCAACGAGAGGUUUUUUAGCCUUUCUUGUUUGCACUCAUUUUGCAAAGACUGUUGGACAACGCAUUUUGAAGUUCAAAUUGGUCAGGGUAUUUCUACUGCCAUUAGCUGUAUGGCUCGAGAAUGUGAAGUGCUAGCCCCCGAAGAUUUCGUUUUGAAACACCUUUCGCGUACAACAAUGAGGGAGAAAUUUCAACAGUACUCGUUUCAAGACUAUGUCAAGUCGCAUCCCGAAUUACGCUUCUGUCCAGGACCGAAUUGUCAGGUUGUUGUUCGUAGCAGGGAGCUGAAGGCAAAGCGAUCCGUCUGUUGUCAGUGUAAGACGAUUUUCUGCUUUAAAUGUGGAAUGGAUUACCACGCACCAACAGAUUGUCUCACAAUAAAGAAAUGGUUGACGAAAUGUGCAGAUGACAGCGAAACUGCAAAUUACAUUAGCGCUCACACCAAAGAUUGUCCCAAUUGUCACAUAUGUAUUGAAAAAAAUGGCGGAUGCAAUCACAUGCAGUGUUACAAUUGUAAAUACGACUUCUGUUGGAUGUGUUUAGGUGACUGGAAAGCUCACGGUUCCGAGUAUUACGAGUGCUCUCGAUACAAAGAAAAUCCUAACAUCGCGCACGAAUCGGUACACGCGCAGGCGAGAGAAGCGCUAAAGAAGUAUCUGCAUUACUACGAAAGAUGGGAGAACCAUUCGAAAUCGUUAAAAUUGGAAGCUCACACGUUGGAGAAACUUAAAGCACGAAUUAAUCAAAAAGUAAUGUCCGGUUUAGGUACCUGGAUCGACUGGCAAUACCUGUUUACAGCUGCCGCACUUUUGGCAAAGUGUCGGUACACAUUGCAAUACACGUAUCCGUAUGCAUAUUACAUGGAGACCGGCCCUCGAAAGGAGCUUUUCGAAUAUCAGCAGGCGCAAUUGGAAGCGGAGAUUGAAAAUCUUUCUUGGAAGAUUGAACGCGCCGAAACGACCGAUAGGGGCGAUUUGGAAAAUCAAAUGGAUAUAGCGGAGAAACGUAGAACUACCCUUUUAAAGGAUUUCUUAGACGUGUGAUAUUUUAUUUUAAGAUAUUUAAUCAAUGUUAACUUUAAGUAAUUGUGUAUGACUAUGAUUAACAGCAGCUUGUAAAGUUCGGUCAGGUUUAUUUUACAAACUUAUGCAGAUACUUUUAUAUUGUCCACAUUUAGCUUCUCAGGGUGAACCUCUACAGUACUGGCAGCUUAUACUGUUUCACUUUUGUUACAUUAAUGAUAGGAUUGUAGGUUCACUCCAUAUCUUCACACUUUUUAUAGAUUCGCAGUUUAGCCUAUUUUACCGUAAGAAGAAAUGACGCUGGGUGUGUUAUAUUGAUAACGUAAAAGACAAGAUUGUGUAUGUGUGAAGAUUAGAAAUCGAAUGAACGAUUAGUAUAUUAAACGCAUUUGUGAAUAACGUUGUAAUGGCGGAGUAUUAGCUGUUAUUAAUAGAAAAAAAAGAAUUCAUAUACAAACAAAGAGAGAAGCAUAUUUGUGGCAAUGAAAAUUGUGUCCGUCCAUCAGAGUAAAGUUUUGUCAGGUGUGACCUUAAGAAGCAUGCUUACAGUCGACAUGUGCAAAAAACAAGAAAAAAGAACACCCGUUUACCAUACCAUGCUCUCUAUAAUUCAGAAAAUGUCUAUGAAAAGUACAA